AUGAUUUGCCUGUUGUGCUCUUGGCUCCUGCCAAUUCUGGCCCAGCUCAAUGCCAGGCACGGUGCUGCCAGAACGACGACCCCCGUUCUUGCUUACCCGACCCGACGCAACAAAGCAAAGUCACGGAUGCAAAACCUGCUCUUGCUCAGUAGGUCUCCUUCAGCCGCCUCCGUUACGCAAUGGGUAGUCCCGGGGCUUCACGGUAUUUGCAGGAAAACCCCUGACACGACGGCGCCCGCCGAAUUCGACCGAGAAAUUGCGACCUGA